GUCGGUGAGAUCGGCCUUCCAUUAUUUGGUUUCAUUGUGCGGAAUUUUCGAAAUCUUGGAAUCGAAUUCUGUUUGUUCUCACAGUCAAUUCAUCAAACACUUGGUCCUCGACUCUAGGUUUUUCCGAGCAUAUGAAUCAGAUGCUGUAGAGUCUCAGAGUCGCGUCAAUAACUUCAAUUUGUGUAGAUGGGGAAACCCCUAAUCUACGAGAUUUGGGAAAAACCAGCCACGAGCUGUAUAAUUGCGAUAUGUAGUUUAAUUUGGUUCUACAUUCAGAAAAAGGGGAUUGGGUAUUCACAUGUGGGGUUGAGCUACGACACUGCAUUAGAGGGCCAUCAUUGGCGGAUCAUUACAUCUGCAUUUUCACACAUUAGCAUCCUUCAUCUUGUUUUUAACAUGAGUGCUCUUUGGAGUCUUGGGGUGAUUGAGCAGUUAGGGCAUGUAGGGCUCGGUGUCGAAUACUAUCUUCAUUAUACGAUGCUGUUGGUCGUGCUGUCGGGGCUGCUGGUUCUCGGUAUCUACCACAUUUUGAUCAAAAGGUUCAAUCUUGAUUACUUCCGGAGAGUGACUGCUGUUGGAUACUCUUGUGUUGUUUUCGGGUGGAUGACUAUACUGUCAACAAAGCAGCCCUCUUCGAAGCUGGAGCUUUUCGGGCUCCUCUCCCUUCCUAUCAGUUUUGCACCUUUUGAGUCUCUCAUCUUCACGUCCAUAAUCGUGCCCCAAGCUAGUUUCAUUGGUCAUUUGUCCGGGAUAAUCGUUGGCUAUGCCAUAGCCUGGGGUGUGAUACACGGAAUGAACAAUUACUGGGCUGUGUCGAUGCUGGGAUGGAUGGUUCUUGUUUUCAUUCUUAGUUUGAAGAAGUCUGGUACAUACGAUUUCAGCUUUCUCGAGAUUGAAUCUGUGGAAGAGUCUUCCUUGCCAUCUGUGCGGUUUCUUUCUCCUGGAAAUGGGAGAACCCUGCAGAUGAGUGCGUCUGAUGUUGGUCUGAAUCUUGUGUAGCUUCUUAAUCGGAUUUGGCUCUGCUUGUUCAUUUAGUCUGAAUGCGCAACUAUGAGGAUGUCACAGAAUAUUGGAUUGAGAAUAAGCUUUUAUUGAAAAGCAACACUUAUUUCUUGGAUCUUAGUCCUCGCUUGCAGUAGCCAUCGUAUUCUUGUAUCAUGGUUUUUUGCUUCUCUUGCUAGUUUGUGAUAAGAUUUUAAACUGACUUACUUUGUAUCAUAUCAGUUGUGACAAUUGGGAAUGGAUGAAUGAGAUCGAUUGACUUUCAUUCUUAA